CUGCACUACGUGAGGCUGACUUGGAGGGAAGUGAACGUCGCAAAGAAAGGACAUAAUAGAAGAAGAGAGCAGAAACAACAACUACCCCCCCAAAAAGCUGACUGCUGUACGUUCAAAUUCCGACCUAACCCUCAUGCCACAGCUCCUGUCUGACACGCCUCUUUCCACUGGCCUCAGGAGCAGUGAAGUGUCUUCAUGGCAGUUCGUCGAGGACACAUUAAGUACUUGAAAGCCGACCUGCAGGAGGUGUAUGACAUGUCAAACGGUUAUGAAGACCACAUGGGAGGGGACGAGGGGAAGGACUCCAAGACCAACCUGAUAGUGAACUACCUGCCUCAGAGCAUGACGCAGGACGAGCUGCGGAGCCUCUUCAGCAGCAUCGGGGAGGUGGAGUCUGCCAAGCUGAUUCGAGACAAAGUCGCAGGCCACAGUUUAGGGUACGGAUUUGUUAACUAUCUUAACCCUAGUGAUGCAGACAGAGCUAUCAGUACACUGAAUGGACUAAGGCUACAGUCCAAAACUAUCAAGGUUUCAUACGCACGGCCCAGCUCUGAUACCAUAAAGGAUGCCAACCUGUAUAUCAGCGGCCUGCCAAAGGCCAUGACCCAGAAAGAUGUGGAGGACAUGUUCUCGCGUUUUGGACACAUCAUUAACUCUCGUGUACUUGUUGACCAGGCAACGGGUACGACAGCUGCUCUCUCACACCCAGGCGCGUCCCGCGGAGUGGCGUUCAUCCGGUUUGACAAGCGGGCAGAGGCAGAGGAGGCCGUUAAAAGCCUGAAUGGCCAAAAACCACCCGGAGCCGCUGAGCCAAUCACAGUGAAGUUUGCUGCCAACCCAAACCAGGUGAAGAACACGCAGAUCAUCUCUCAGCUCUACCACAACCAGUCCCGACGCUUCGGAGGGCCCGUGCACCACCAGGCACAGCGCUUCAGGUUCUCCCCCAUGGGCGUUGAUCACAUGAGCGGUGUGGGAAGUGUCAGUGUUCCUGGAAACUCCAACUCCGGCUGGUGCAUCUUCAUCUACAACCUGGGCCAGGACGCCGACGAGAGCAUCCUCUGGCAGAUGUUCGGCCCCUUUGGCGCCGUCACCAACGUCAAGGUGAUCCGAGACUUCAACACCAACAAGUGCAAGGGCUUCGGCUUCGUCACCAUGUCGAACUACGAAGAGGCGGCCAUGGCCAUCGCCAGCCUGAACGGCUACCGGCUUGGAGACAAGAUGCUGCAAGUGUCCUUUAAGACCAGCAAGGGCCACAAGUAAAGAGAGCUGGACAAUCGGGUGUAGAGGAGAGAUGGAAAUGACCUGCGCCAGAGGGCAGAAGUACGAGUUUUCAAAGUCUGGCACAUCUGUUUGGGUUUUAGUGUAUUCCGAGUUAAACGAUGUUCACUCUUCUGCACCUUUGUACUUGUCUAAAAGAGAGUUCUGUUUUUUGUUUUGUUUUUUCAUCUUUAUAUACUCAUGCUUAGGGCUUGAGGACACUCGGUAGUUUUAAUGUUUAGUGAGGGGAUGGAGAGGGCACAAUCCCAUGAUUUCCCCCCAAGAUAACUUUUUGAAAAUUAUCUAAAAAAGCUAAAAUACUGUCCGUAUGUGUUGCAUGUAUAUCUGUGGGGGCUAGAUAAAGGAGGCACGCAAAUCUUUCCGAACAGUGCACAAAAAAAAAAAAAAAAAAAAAAUGCGGAGCAUUAAGGAAAGCCCUGCAAAUUGUUCUCCAGGUGUUGACAUGUCUGUGGAUGAUUUAGUCUAAAACAAAAUGUGAGGAACAUUAUUUUGCUCGUAGCCAGUGGUUGUUUCGUUUUGGAAAAGCAGUGCUCUGUUCUGGAUCCUCGUCAUAAGUAGAAAUAGAAGCCUUAAAUUAUCAUCCAGUGGACACACAGACCUACAAUACUACUCACUGUCUCGAGUCAAUCUAAGAGCAAAGCACUUUUAACCAAUCUGCUUUCAGUUGCUAUGAAUCAGUCUUUUUGAUGUUAAUCUAUGACUUACUCAUCCUACCAGGUUAACAAUUUUAAACAUGGCUAACUUUGGAGGGACAUGUUUUUGCUUUGUUAUCCCUGUGUUAAGUGUCUUUUUAUUCUAAGUUGUAUUUCAGGAGAGUCCUGUUGAAUAUGAACCCCAGUCAAUGAGUAGGAAAUUAAGAUGGACCAAAGGCAGGGAGAGAUUUGAUUACCGCAGAAGAAAAGUUUUCUGAGCAGAUUUAAGGUAAAUUUAUACCUUCUUUUGUUUCUUUUGUUUAGUUUUUAGAAAAGGUACUAAGGUUAUAUCUGACGCCGACUGAGAGCAACAUCCCUUUGGCUCAGUAUGUCGUUCUGUUUAGUUUUUUCUUUUAUUUCAAUUUAAUUUGUUUUCUUUUUGUUUGAAAUCUUUUUUUCUUUCUAAAGGCAAAGAUUUCUAUUUGUUACAAUGUAAGUUACAAACUUGUUUUAACAAGUGUUUAUCUCAAGUUUGGAGAGAAAUGAAUGGCCUUUGUUAAUUAUUUCAUUUUAGAUUUGCUUUCUUUUGUUUUGGUUGUUUCACUUUGAGCAUAAACCAUUAAAUUUUAUUUCUUUUUGCCGAAAG